UAUUCUAAACAUCAUACAAGGUGAGACAUAAUAAUUUAACAAUCCUAUGAAUAUAUAGAUCGAUCUGCUCAUAAAUCGGGUAUCUAGUUGACUCUCUGCGCACAAUGUCGAGACAUCUCAUGAGCUCUAAACGAGCUAUAGUUCACGAGUAGGCUCGACAACCCACCGAGUUGAACUAACUCACGAGCCUCGUGAACUGAACGAGAUUUGUAUCAAACUCGUCUGUUAGCAAAUGAGUUAAGAGUUUCAAACUAAAAUUUCCUCAGUCACUGUCUGAUAUCAUUGUGAUCUAACCUACCAGUACCACCAGCUUGUAAAAGGCUUCGGUUGGCAGUUGGUACUUGAGGAGAAAUUGAUGUUUAUAUUUCUUACUGAUAAAAAAAAAGUCUCUGAUUUGCCCACUCGAGCAAAUUGUCAUAGGUCGGGUCCCAAUGUCCUUUUCUUAUUCAUCAAGCGAAGGGAACUUGUUGGGCCCAAACCGUCCAUCUCGAGCAAGUUAACAUUUUGGGCCCAAACGGUCCCCGCUCCUGGGCCACAGUAGUUAAGCAGGCACUUAGUUAGGUUAAGGUUAGUUUAGUUUUAAAUUCCACCAAUGUGAUAAAAUUUUGCAUGCAACUGCUUUAAAACCUAUAAUAAUAUCUACCAGCAAACCUAGCCCCGUCUCAUUGUCUCAUCAUUAUUAGGGCGCGAGACUUCACAACCUUCUAAGAAUUCACUCUCACGCCUGUUUAAAUUCCUUUGUUUCAUAUAAUUUCUCAGCGUAAAUUAGCCACCAGUAUCGUUAUAGUGCAGCUAUUGUUAAGGACAUUUGGUAUCAUGUUAAGUGGAUGUCGACCAACGACUCGUACGUUGAUGCCGAUGGAUUGUCUUUCACAUAUUCUUUGAGUUUAGAAUCGCUCUUUCAAACAAAUACUGAUUUUUCCAUUCAACGACGAAAAUCAUGAUGCUAGAUGCUAUACAGGAUCCAACGACAUCAACACAUGAUCAUUGGCCCUUCUUUCUCAAAAGAUGGGGAAAAAAAGGGGCAGAAACUUCUUUUUUGCCUGAUGAAUAAAGGUGCAAAUUUUGAUUGGAAUGGGAUUCAGGGCAUCCCUACAGAUUGCCGACGUCUUCCUCUGUUCACCAAGAAUCAUUUUGUGUCCAGUCUCAACCAACCACUUGUAAAUAAAUGCGUCUCCUUUUAGCUCGUUUCUCGUCACUCCCUCCCUCCCUGACUGAAUGGGCAGAAGCCAGCCUGCAAAAAAGCGCCAUUGGAUCAUCAUUACCCAACAAUGAACAAUCUCCAAACUUCUUCCAUGGCUGAUUUUACCUGACGCAAUCCAACCCCAGCUGUCCAUGAUUCUGCCUGUUAUUACGAAAUCAAAGUACUUCAUCCACUCUUUCAUCAUAAAAAAAUCGGUUUCCAUUCUCGACUAAGGUUUCCCAAUUCUCACUCUUGAACCAGAAAUGGCGUCUUCUUCAUCUCUAAAAUGACUCUGUUUCCCAAAUUGCAGCAAACUAGCAACCCCCCUGCUCCAGCACUUUUAUGGUUACAAUCCUGCCAGCAAUUCCAGGAGAGAGUGAUUUCUAUUAUACUUAUCAAAGAAAGAUACCAGCUUUGGCCAACUUGAUAACGUACUAACUCCAGAUUCUGCUACCCUUUGGCAAACUUGAUAAGUAAAAGCAUCUUUCUCUUACCAUGGAUGGCUUGUGGGAGAUGUUUUGUGGGAAAACGGAGACUCCUGAUGGAGGACAGCUGCUGUUGAAUUCCGUCACCAUGCUGUUCUUGUAUCAUCCCAGUUCGUGUGUCAAUAAAGCGAUCGUGAUCUGCUUCGACUUUGUCCUUCUUGCUCUGCUCCUGUUCAACUUCAUACGAAAAUCAACAUCAUUUAAAAUGGAUAAUGUUCCGCCACGAUUUCGUGCUCGUUCGAGGUUGCAGAUAGGAUCUGCAGUCUUCAAUGGCUGCCUUGGUCUUAUCUACUUGUGCUCAGGAGUAUGGAUUGUAGAAGAGAAGUUGAGGGUACCGUUGUUCCUCCAUGGCUCGACGUGGUUGUUGAUUGGUUUAGUUAUAAGCCUUCAAGGAAGAUCUCUACCCGAAUUCCCACUCAAGCUUCUCUCCAUUUCGGCAUUGUUGUUCGUCUCGGUCGUGUGUGGGUUCUCUGUGUUUGCAGCAAUUGUAGAUAGAGUUGUUGGGGUGAAGGUAGUUGCAGAUGUUCUGUCACUUCCAGGAGCUUUUCUGUUGGUGUUAUGCGCUCACAAGGCGCAUGAUAGCAGUGAAGAGGCUGCUGCCAAUGGCCUGUAUGCUCCUUUGAGUGGCUGUGACAGAGUAGCGAAAGAUGAACUCACUACUCCAUUUUCGAAAACAGGAAUCUUUGGCACCUUGUCAUUCUGGUGGCUAAAUCCACUCAUGAAAAUCGGCCGAGAGAAGACGCUGGAGGAAACCGACAUCCCCAAGCUGCGCCAUGCAGAUCGAGCGGAGACUUGCUACAUGGUCUUCCUCGAACAGCUUAGCAACGAAAAGCCAUCUGAACAACAACCACAAGCAUUACUGUGGACGAUAGUGAGAUGCCACUCGAGAGAGAUUCUCGUUUCAGGGCUGUUUGCUCUCUUGAAGAUAGUCACAGCCUCAGCUGGUCCCAUGCUUCUCAACUCCUUCAUACUCGUCGCAGAAGGAAACUCCAGCUUUGAACAUGAAGGCUAUCUGCUUGCUGUGACCCUUUUUUUGUGCAAAUGCUUGGAGUCCUUAUCACAGAGACAAUGGUACUUCAGGUCUAGGCUCAUCGGCCUGAAAGUCCGAUCUCUACUCGCAUCAGCCAUUUACAAGAAGCAAUUAAAGUUAUCAAACGCAGGCAGAUUGACUCACUCUGCAGGAGAGAUAAUGAAUUACGUUACAGUAGAUGCUUACCGAAUCGGUGAGUUCCCCUUCUGGUUUCACCAAACGUGGACGACAAGCUUGCAGCUCUGCCUCUCGCUCGUGAUCCUCUUCCAUGCAGUCGGCUUAGCCACGUUCGCUGCAAUGGCAAUCAUCCUGCUGACGGUUCUCUGCAAUGUUCCGCUUGCAAAGCUUCAGCACAGGUUUCAGACGAAGCUGAUGACAGCACAGGACGAGCGGCUGAAGAGAUGCGGGGAGGCUUUGGUGAAUAUGAAGGUGCUGAAGCUGUAUGCCUGGGAGACACAUUUCAGGACUGUGAUAGAGAAGCUGAGGGAAGUUGAGUACACGUCGCUGAGAGCUGCGCAGCUCCUGAAGGCGUAUAAUGGCAUUCUGUUCUGGUCUUCACCUGUUUUGGUCUCUGUUGCUACGUUUGGAGCUUGUUACUUGCUCAAAGUUCCACUUCAUGCGAAUAAUGUCUUCACCUUCGUGGCAACGUUGAGGCUGGUUCAGGAGCCUGUGAGGUCGAUCCCUAAUGUUAUUGGGGUGGUGAUUCAGGCGAAGGUGGCAUUUGCAAGAAUUGAGAGGUUUCUAGAGGCGCCAGAGCUGCAGCAUGUGGGCCACGGUCAACGGAGCAGCAAUGUGGGUGGUGGUGAUUAUACCGUUCGGAUUAAGUCAGCAGAUUUUUCAUGGGAAGAGAAUUCUUCAGCAAAGGCUACACUGGGAGACGUAAGUUUGGAGGUCCGACCUGGUGAGAAGGUGGCGGUCUGUGGGGAAGUAGGCUCCGGCAAAUCAACCCUUCUGGCAGCUAUUCUUGGAGAAGUUCCAAACACUCGAGGAUCUAUUCAAGUUCAAGGGACAGUGGCCUAUGUUUCUCAAACGGCUUGGAUUCAGACAGGGAGCAUACAAGAGAAUAUCUUGUUUGGAUCUCACAUGGAUAAACUGCGAUAUCAAGAUACUCUGGAAAGAUGUUCCUUGGUGAAGGAUCUUGACCUGCUCCCCUAUGGAGAUCGAACCGAAAUCGGAGAAAGAGGAGUCAACUUGAGUGGUGGUCAAAAACAGAGGAUUCAGCUUGCUCGUGCUCUCUAUCAGGAUGCUGAUAUAUAUCUCCUGGACGAUCCAUUCAGUGCUGUGGAUGCCCAUACUGCCACAAGCUUGUUCAAUGAAUAUGUUAUGGAGGCACUAGCAAGGAAGACGGUCUUUCUCGUGACCCACCAAGUAGAUUUCUUGCCGGCAUUUGAUGCUGUUCUGUUAAUGUCAGAUGGAGAAAUCCUACGAGCAGCUUCUUACAACGAGUUGUUAUCAUCUAGCCGAGAGUUUCAGGAACUCGUUCAUGCCCACAAGGAGACAGCUGGCACCGAGAGGCUUGCUGAAGUUUCUUCUGCACAUAAACCAGGAGUAUCAUCUUCCAGGGAGAUAAAGAAAACUUAUGUGGAAAACCAAACGAUGGUGGCACAGGGAGAUCAACUUAUCAAGAAGGAAGAAAGAGAAAUGGGAGAUACAGGGUUGAAGCCAUACAUUCAAUACCUGAAUCAAAAUAAAGGAUAUCUCUACUUCUCCCUAGCUGCCAUUAGUCACCUCACGUUUGUGGCUGGUCAGGUAUCACAGAACUCGUGGAUGGCUGCCAACAUCGAUAAUCCAAACACUAGCACGUUGAAGCUGAUUGGAGUUUACUUGCUAAUUGGAGUUGGCUCGACAGUGUUUCUGCUUACUAGAGGACUCUCCACUGUAAUUCUGAAUAUGCAAUCUUCAAGGUCGCUUUUCUCACAGCUGCUCAACUCCCUCUUCAGAGCACCCAUGUCGUUCUAUGAUUCCACGCCUCUUGGACGAAUACUUAGCCGGGUGUCUUCUGAUCUCAGUAUUGUGGACCUCGAUGUACCAUUCUGGUUCAUCUUGGCCGUUGGGGCGACCUCAAAUAAUUAUGCUAAUCUUGGAGUUCUGGCGGUUAUCACAUGGCAAGUCUUGUUCGUGUCCAUCCCAAUGAUUUAUCUGGCAAUUCGUUUACAGAAAUACUAUUUCUCAUCUGCGAAAGAGUUCAUGCGGAUAAAUGGCACCACUAAGUCCUAUGUGGCAAAUCAUCUGGCGGAAUCCGUAGCAGGGGCAAUAACUAUACGUGCUUUCCGACAAGAGGAACGUUUCUUUGCCAAGAACCUGGACCUCAUUGACAAAAAUGCUAGUCCUUUCUUCCACAGCUUCACAGCAAACGAGUGGCUGAUUCAACGGUUGGAGACCAUGAGUGCAGCCGUUCUAGCUUCUGCAGCUCUCUGCAUGGUUCUGCUGCCUCCCGGGACUUUCAGCUCUGGGUUUAUUGGAAUGGCACUCUCCUACGGUCUUUCCUUAAACAUGACCCUUGUCUUUUCAAUUCAAAACCAAAACACAUUAGCGAACUACAUCAUUUCAGUUGAAAGACUCAAUCAGUACAUGCAUAUACCCAGUGAAGCCCCUGAAGUGAUUGAAGAAAACCGUCCCUCACCAUCCUGGCCAUCAGUGGGGAAAGUGGAAAUCUGUGACCUGAAGAUAAGGUAUAGGUCUGAAGCACCACUUGUUCUUAAAGGGAUCAGUUGCACAUUCCAAGGAGGGCAUAAAAUUGGCAUCGUCGGGCGAACCGGCAGUGGGAAGACCACUCUCAUUGGUGCUCUAUUCCGUCUGGUUGAGCCAGCAGGAGGCAAGAUUGUUGUGGAUGGUAUUGAUAUAACCAAGAUAGGACUUCAUGAUCUUAGGUCAAGAUUUGGAAUCAUACCUCAAGAUCCCACUUUAUUCAGUGGAACUGUGAGAUACAACUUGGACCCCUUAGCUCAGCACACUGACCAGGAGAUAUGGGAGGUACUAGGAAAGUGCCAGCUAAGAGAGGCCAUCCAGGAGAAAGAAGAGGGAUUGGACUCCUUAGUUGUUGAGGAUGGAUCAAACUGGAGCAUGGGGCAGAGGCAACUAUUCUGCUUGGGCCGAGCGAUCCUAAGGAGAAGUCGAGUCCUUGUUCUCGACGAGGCAACAGCUUCCAUAGACAAUGCAACCGACUUGAUACUGCAGAAAACCAUUAGGACCGAGUUUGCAGAUUGCACAGUCAUCACAGUAGCUCACAGGAUACCAACCGUGAUGGACUGCACCAUGGUGCUUGCCAUUAAAGAUGGGAGACUGGUGGAGUAUGAUGAGCCUAUGCAGCUAAUGAAGAGGGAAGACUCCUUGUUCGGGCAGCUUGUCAAAGAGUACUGGUCUCAUUCUCAAUCUUCAGAGUCCCAGUGACCCCCAAAAAAAGAACUUCUGAGAAGCCUUGUUGUGCCAGAAUUUUCCUCUCGAAUCAGCAACUAGACCUUCUGGUUGUUGUAGCCUUGCAGAAACUGUUGUAACUAAUCAGUAACUUGCAAAAUGAACUGGGGAGCCAGGCGCGAGAAGGAAAACUGCUGCUCCUACUAUUAGUUAGCCAUAUCCAGACCUUCAGUCUAGAAUUAGAUUGUAAAAUAGCCCCUAUCAAGAAAUUGAAUGUAAGCAAUCAAUUCAUGCAAAGAGCAACACCCAUUAUCAAGCCAGAAAUUCUGCAAUCACUAAGGUGUCAUAUUACUCAAUAAACAGAACACAACUGG